CGGAGGAUAAUUCCCUAUGCGCGUCCUGACGUGUUGUAGGCGCUUGCUAGACAGGGGAAGCGCAGCCAGCGACUGUGAGAAGUGUGUAGCAGUAGCAGCUAUAGACGAGCUCUUUAUCUAAAGCUCACUCACUCCGUACAGAUAAAAGGGACCAUGAAGACAGACGUCUGGAGUUAUAGUUUUGCUGACAGCACCGACCGCUUCCACACACGGACGACUGAAUGACGAACCAGGAUGGCCGGAGGAAGGAGAGGACUUGUAGCCCCUCAAAACACUUUUUUAGAAAAUAUUGUCAGACGAUCUAACGUAUGGACAUUAUCACAUAGACAGACAGAUACCAAUUUUGUUCUUGGGAAUGCUCAGAUCGUGGACUGGCCCAUCGUCUAUAGCAACGAUGGCUUCUGCAAGCUGUCGGGGUACCACAGGGCGGAAGUCAUGCAGAAGAGCAGCACAUGCAGCUUCAUGUACGGGGAGCUCACAGACAAAGAUACUAGCCAGAAAGUACGGCUAACGUUCGAAAACUACGAGAUGAAUUCGUUUGAAAUACUCAUGUAUAAAAAGAACAGAACGCCGGUAUGGUUCUUUGUGAAGAUAGCCCCUAUACGAAACGAACAGGAAAAAGUGGUGCUGUUUCUGUGCACCUUCAGUGACAUCACAGCCUUUAAACAGCCAAUAGAAGAUGAAACCUCGAAAGGUUGGGGGAAGUUCGCUCGGCUAACUCGUGCUCUGACCAGCAGUAGAGGGGUGUUACAGCAGCUACAGCCUACUGUACACAAAGGAGAGAACGUUCACAAGCACUCUCGCCUAGCUGAGAUAUACAAUCUGCAGGUCCUCCAGCUGGGCUCAGACAUCCUCCCCCAGUACAAGCAGGAGACGCCCAAGACGCCACCCCACAUCAUCCUACACUACUGCGCCUUCAAGACCACCUGGGACUGGGUCAUCCUCAUCUUGACUUUCUACACCGCCAUCAUGGUUCCUUACAACGUCUCCUUCAAGACCAAGCAGAACAACGUGACGUGGUUGGUGGUGGACAGCAUUGUAGACGUUAUCUUCCUGGUGGACAUCGUGCUCAACUUCCACACUACCUUUGUGGGCCCGGCCGGAGAGGUCAUCUCCGACCCGAAGCUCAUCAGGAUGAACUACCUGAAGACCUGGUUCGUCAUCGACCUGCUCUCCUGCCUGCCUUACGACGUCAUCAACGCAUUCGAGAAUGUGGACGAGAACUGGAACCAUCGAGCUGUCACCCAAGGGAUCAGCAGUCUGUUCAGUUCUCUGAAGGUGGUCCGGCUGCUGCGUUUGGGCAGGGUAGCUCGUAAACUGGACCACUACAUUGAGUAUGGAGCCGCCGUCCUCGUCCUGUUGGUGUGUGUCUUCGGCCUGGCUGCCCACUGGCUGGCCUGCAUCUGGUACAGUAUUGGUGACUAUGAGGUGAUAGACGAGGAAACGGGCAUCCUACGGACAGACAGCUGGCUGUACAUGCUAGGGGAGACGGUUGGCUCUCCAUACCGCUUCAACGCUAGCGGGACAGGGAAAUGGGAGGGCGGCCCCAACAAAGACUCGGUCUACAUCACUUCUCUAUACUUCACCAUGACCUCUCUGACCAGUAUAGGGUUUGGAAACAUCGCCCCCACCACCGAUGGAGAGAAGAUCUUCGCUGUCGCCAUGAUGAUGAUCGGAUCCCUUCUUUACGCCACCAUCUUCGGAAACGUCACCACCAUCUUCCAGCAGAUGUACGCCAACACCAACCGUUACCACGAGAUGCUGAACAGCGUCCGUGACUUCCUCAAGCUCUACCAGGUGCCCAAGGGGCUGAGCGAGAGGGUCAUGGAUUACAUCGCCUCCACCUGGUCCAUGUCCCGGGGCAUAGAUACUGAAAAGGUAUCUCAAACUGUAUUGCAGAUAUGCCCUAAGGACAUGAGGGCAGAUAUCUGCGUCCACCUGAACAGAAAAGUCUUCAAAGAACACCCUGCGUUCAGGUUGGCCAGUGACGGGUGCCUGCGUGCCCUGGCCAUGGAGUUCCAGACUAUCCACUGUGCCCCUGGCGACCUCAUCUACCAUGCCGGGGAGAGUGUGGACAGCCUCUGUUUCGUGGUGUCAGGAUCCCUGGAGGUCAUCCAAGAUGAUGAGGUGGUGGCUAUCUUGGGUAAGGGGGACGUGUUUGGGGAUGUGUUCUGGAAGGAGGUGACCCUAGCCCAGGCGUGUGCCAACGUGCGUGCCCUGACCUACUGUGACCUCCACGUCAUCAAACGAGACGCCCUGCAGAAGGUUCUGGAGUUCUACACGGCCUUCUCUAACCACUUCUCACGGAACCUGCUGCUCACCUACAACCUGCGGAAGAGGAUUGUGUUCAGAAAGAUCAGCGAUGUGAAACGAGAGGAGGAGGAGCGCCUGAGACGAAAGAAUGAGGCGCCCCUCAACCUCCCGCCGGACCAUCCGGUCCGUCGGCUCUUCCAGCGGUUCCGGCAGCAGAAGGAGGCCCGUGUACAUCAGGAGCGGGCUGACCCAUCCGAUGACCUGGAGAGAGGCCAGACCGUUUAUGUUGAGCCCAUUCCCAUCCAUGAAAUCAUCACCACCACCAGCAUUGUCACCGUCACCGAAAGUCCAGCCACGCCCAUUCCUUCAAUCUCCAUCUUGGCGUCCACAACCUCCGGCCCCUCAGAAAAAGCCCAGCUCCAGGCCCCGUCUCUCCAAUUGUCCGAGCCAGCCAAGGUCAAAGGCUGGGGUCGCUUCAAGGAGUCCAACUGGAACAAGGUGUCCAAAGCCGAGUCCAUGGAGACGCUACCCGAACGGACCAAGGCAGGGGCAGCCCACGAGUCCCAGACCUCGCUCAAGAAAACCGGCUCGUGCGACAGCGGCAUUACCAAGAGCGAUCUGCGCCUGGACAACGUUGGGGACGGCGCCCGAACCACGGGCAACACGCCACAGGACCGCAGCCCUGUGGUACCCCCUGAGGUGACCAAGCAGCACGCCUUCUACCCUAUCCCAGAGCAGACUCUCCAUGCUUCCCUCCUGGAGCUCAAGCUGGAGCUCAAAGAAGACUUGAAGGCCUUGAACACCCGCAUGGCCGGCCUGGAGGCUCAGCUAGCAGAGGCUCUGAAGCUCCUCAAAGCUCAAAGGAGAGCUCCCAGCUCCCCCAAGCCUCUCUUUGAGAUCUCCAGACCCACCUCGCCAGACUCGGACAAGGAGGACAUAUUUUCGUAGAAGCAAAGAGGGGCUUAUGUUGAGUGUGUGAAGACGGUUAACAGAUUCAGAAAAUCUUUAUUGUCCCAAUGCUGGGCAAUUUGGUCAUAGGGUCAGAGAUGCUGGAAGUUGUUGGCGUGUCUCAGCUGAGGCCAUUGCUUAGCCCUCACCUUGCUGAUGCCUGUGAAAAGCAGCAGAUGAUGACGCUACGAUGCUGUUAAUUUAAAGAGAACCUGGUGGUUUUACCCCUGUGGGCCAUGGAACCUUGGAGUUGACCUUGUUGGUCACUUUGAAGAUUCUGGGGUGAGUGCGGUGAAAGGGUUUCAAGGCACAGUGCAGGGACCUUAAGACCACCAUGGGUUUGGCUACCCUCUGUGACCCACAGACACAGGUUCACACCUAUACUCCUGUACGCUUGUGUUGUGCUAGUCUGCUCGCACACAUCGGCUGUAUAUUUUGGUAGAGACUUUAUUUUUUUUACCAGUCUAUGGAGUAAGAGCAGAGCAGCAAUGAAUGUUGUAUUGUUCACCUUCAUUAUCCUUGUAGAUCUCCAGUGGGAUCACUAUCUAUCAGUGGUUCUCAGAGUAUCUAUAAGGGGUGAAUACAUAUUUUACUUUCUUUGUGCCACCAGUGUACAAUAGAUUCUGUAUGUAUUCACAAUGUCAUUCUAUCACCCUGUAAUACACUGCUCAAAAAAAUAAAGGGAACACUAAAAUAACACAUCCUAGAUCUGAAUGAAAUAAUCUUAUUAAAUACUUUUUUCUUUACAUAG